UUAGUUUACUCUUCCUCAGAAAUCUUACCAUAUUUAUUUCUAUAUUCUCAGGAAGAACAGGGAAAAGAGGCUGCUUAGCCGCGUGAUGGCUUGGACAUAUUUAUAUCCAUGUAUUUUGAAUUAAAAACUGAACUGCUGCUCUAUAAAAUACAACGUAUUUUAAACCGUGUUAUCUUUGGAAAAAAUAGGAUUUCCUUGUUAAUUAGGUUUUCAUUACUGUUGCAUUGUUCUAAGUAAUACCCUAAUUGUUUAUCUUCAUCAGACUUUCCAGCUACAACUUUAUCUUGUGAUGUUUAGCUGUAUCAUCCUUUCAAAGAUAUAGUAGCCCUAUUUGUGGUCUAAUACUUGUUUUUUUUCCCCCCCCAGGAAAAAUUAUUAUAGAGUCUAAAAAUAUCUUUCUCCCUUCUCUAUGGACUUAACAUAAAAUUAGUUUUGUAUGUAUUUGGAUUCAUUUUCUAAAUAUCAACACCAUAAAGCCUUAUCAGUUACAAAAAAUUUGGGUAGUUAAACCAUGAGUUGUGGAAAGGAGUUUGUGGAAACGUUAAAAAAAAUUGAUUAUCCCAAAGCUGAUAUUCUUAAUGGGGAAGAUUUUGACUGGUUGUUUGAGACUGUUGAAAAUGAAUCAUUUUUGAAGUGGUUUUGUGGGAAUGUGAGUGAACAGAACGUAUUAUCUGAAGAGGAAUUGGAAGCUUUUAGCAUUCUUCAGAAAUCAGGCAAGCCUAUCCUAGAAGGAGCAGCGUUGGAUGAAGUUCUUAAAACCUGUAAAACUUCUGAUUUGAAGACACCUACCCUGAAUGACAGAGAGUUGGAGAAAUUAGAGGAUGAGGUUCAAACUCUGCAGAAAUUAAAGAACCUGAAAAUUCAGCGACGUAAUAAAUGCCAAUUGAUGGCUUCAGUAACUAACCACAAAUCUCUGAGGUUAAAUGCUAAAGGAGCAGCCAAUAAAAAGCUGAAGCAGAGUCAACGAAUUCUAAAUGCUGCCAAUACUAAGAUCAGUAAUGAGCUUCACGCUCUUACUGAUGGAGUUGCAAAAUUACUGGUGUUCUUCAGACAUUCGAAUUUGGGUCAAGGGACAAAUCCACCGGUGUUUUUAUCUCAAUUUUCAUUGGAAAAAUAUCUAAGCCAAGAAGAGCAAAGCACAGCAGCAUUAACCUUAUAUACCAAAAAACAGUUCUUUAAAGGUGUACAUGAAGUAGUUGAAAGUUCAAACGAAGAAAAUUUUCAACUUUUAGAUAUACAAGCAUCCUCUAUUUGUGAUAAUCAAGAAGUUCUUGAGGAGAGACGGCUAGAGAUGGCUAGGCUGCAGCUGGCAUAUAUUUGUGCACAACAUCAGUUAAUUCACUUGAAAGCAAGAAAUUUGAGCCUGAAGUCAAGUAUAAAAUGGGCAGAGGAGAAUCUUCAUAGCCUCACUAGCAAGGCUUUUGGCAAAGAUAUUUUGGAUGCUAAAAUUUCUAGCUUGAACAGUGAGAUUCUGAAACUUGAAGAACAAAUCACUCAUAUAAAAGACAAAAUUUUGCCUGCUGUGGUAAGAGAGAAUGCCCAGUUAUUGAAUAUGCCAGUUGUAAAGGGAGAUUUCGAUCUGCAGAUUGCUAAACAAGACUAUUACACGGCAAAACAAGAGUUAGUUUUAAAUCAGUUGAUAAAGCAAAAGGCAUCAUUUGAACUUGUACAAUUAUCAUAUGAAAUUGAAUUGAGAAGGCAUUGGGACAUAUAUCGUCAGCUUGAAAACUUGGUUCAAGAACUUAGUCAAAGUAAUUUGAUGCUCCACCACCAAUUAGAAAUGCUGACAGACCCAUCUGUAUCUCAGCAGAUAAAUCCAAGGAAUACCAUUGAUACCAAGGAUUAUUCUACUCAUAGGCUUUAUCAACUUUUAGAAGGAGAAAAUAAGAAAAAAGAAUUGUUUAUAACCCAUGGAAACCUGGAAGAAGUGGCUGAGAAAUUAAAACAGGAUGUUUCUUUGGUACAAGAGCAGUUAGCAGUAUCUACUCAAGAGCAUUCUUGCUUUCUGUCCAAACUAAAUAAUGAUGUGGACAUGCUUUGUGAUGCUUUGUAUCAAGGAGGAAAUCAGCUUUUGCUUAGUGAUCAGGAGUUAAUGGAGCAGUUUCAUCAAGUUGAAUCUCAACUAAAUAAGCUAAAUCAUCUUCUUACUGAUAUUCUUGAUGAUGUGAAGACAAAAAGAAAAAUUUUGGCGUCUAAUAAACUGCAUCAAAUGGAAAGAGAAUUAUAUGUAUAUUUUUUAAAAGAUGAAGAUUAUCUGAAAGAUAUUGUGGAGAAUUUAGAAAACCAGUCAAAGAUUAAGGCUGUUGGUCUUGAAGAUUGAAAAUGAAAUCUUUACUGCACGUGCUGUGUUUUAAUAUUUUAUAUAUUAGGAGGAGAAUAUAGCUAAUAAACACUGAAAAUUCUAAA